GACAGAGGGACAAGUAAGAAGUGAUAUUGAUAAUAAAAAAUGAACUAUUAUUUAUGUUUCAUACGACUGUAUUUGAUCUGUUGAUGCAGAGUCAGUGGGAGGAUCAUCACUGCAGAGAGGAAGGAGGGGGGAGAGAGAGAGAGGAAACACCGGAGCAGCAGGACGAUGUUGAAGAUGACGAUGAUGAAGAUGAAGGAGAAACAUGCAGCGAGCGGAGAACUGAGGGAAGUUGGUGGCUGAUUCCAGCUGACGUGACUUAGCCGCCAGAGCUACCGUCUGAUUGGUGCGUGGUGAUGAUCGCCACCGGUGGCCUCCUGCGGAUCAACGCCCGGAGACAGGACUCACUUAGAUCCAAAUCACACAAAGCACCGACUCACAAGAAGAAGAAGAAGAGGAGGAACGAGGUGGUGGUGGUGAAGGGGAAGCUGAAGCUGUUUUCUGUCUCGGGGCUCGUGGCAGCGCUUGGCAUCAUGGUCCUGCUGGUGGGCGUCGUCAUGGCAGCUCUUGGAUACUGGCCUCGAGAAGGACUGUUCUUCAGUGCUCAGCCACAGGAGGGCGCUGCCAUGGCCUCCGUUUCCUCCAACAGCCCAUCACCUGCAGCUGCUGACGGACAGGGCGGAGAGGUUCGCAAGGAACUCCAAGAAGAUAAAGCAGACAAUGAAGAGGAAACAGGAAAUCAUGAUGGGUUCAACCUGACAGAAACCACCAACAGGACCACCAGACAGCCCUACCGAGGCUUUCUGGAGGAAUUCCUACACAGGUAUCUCUAUUCUGAUAGGCUGAAGGUCUUUGGUCCUCUCAUCAUGGGCAUCGGGAUCUUCCUUUUCAUCUGUGCAAACGCCGUCCUGCACGAGAAUCGUGACAAGAAGACGAAGGUGAUCAACCUGCGGGACAUUUACUCCACGGUCAUCGACCUGCACAGCCUCCGCAAACCCAAUGCCUCGUCCUCUGCCGGUAACCCUCUCAACGGACUCGUCAACUACGUCCAGUCAAAGAGCCUGGAGACCAAACCAAGGGCUUACCCCGCCUCGCUGAGCAGGAGGGAGGGCGGGGGGGGAGGAGGAGGAGGAGGAGGGGAUGUGCAACUGCUGCCCAGCUCCAAAGGGGGAGGUGAUGGAUUUCAGGAUAAUGGUGGAGGCGAUAAAGGAGAGCCUGUGUUCAGUAUCUUCCAGGAUCAGCCAGCCUCUCCCCCUCUCCCCCGAAUCUCCCAUAGGCUCUCCCUCCCCCCCAGCUUCAGCCCCCCCCAACUCUCCCUGCAGAAGGAGGUGCUCACUUCCUCCACCCUGCCCCUGCGACGUCCCCGGCCCGACUCCCCCUGCAGGAGGCACUUCGAUCAGGGGGGGGGUAAGAGGGAGGACCUGAGGAGUGAGGGGGAGGUUAAUGCAUUCCCCCCCCCUCCUGCUCCCCAGGACUCAUCAGCAGCUUGCUGCAGUUCCUCAAGUGUUCAAAGGGAAGUGCCAUCAGGAUCCCUGUCCCACUUCCUCUCCUCCUCCUCCCUGUCUCACCUCCUUUCCUCCUCCCAAACUCCUCUGCCCCUCUGCAGGAGGCGGAGCCUGCCGAGCGGGGCGGUUACAUUAAACUGA